CUGUACUCUUCUGCGCUCGCCUUUGCACCUCAGAAGAGCAUAGUUUGUCAGACGUUUGAGAGCGACAUUCCUGCCUGGCUAGCGCUCCGACCAGAGGCCGAGACCAACUGGGACCAGUGCCUCCAGAAGCUCGAGGGCCAUAACGGCUCCGUCAACUCGGUGGCCUUCUCGCACGACUCAGCCCUUGUGGCAUCGGCUUCCGGGGACGAGACGGUCCGGCUCUGGCGCACCGAUACGGGCGACUGCGUCCAGGAACUCAAGGGCCAUAGCGACUCCGUCUUCUCGGUGGCCUUCUCGCACGACUCGGCCCUUGUGGCAUCGGCUUCCGGGGACGAGACGGUCCGGCUCUGGCGCACCGAUACGGGCGACUGCGUCCAGGAACUCAAGGGCCAUAGCGACUCCGUCUUCUCGGUGGCCUUCUCGCACGACUCAGCCCUUGUGGCAUCGGCUUCCGGGGACGAGACGGUCCGGCUCUGGCGCACCGAUACGGGCGACUGCGUCCAGGAACUCAAGGGCCAUAGCCACUCCGUCAACUCGGUGGCCUUCUCGCACGACUCGGCCCUUGUGGCAUCCGCUUCAUACGAUAAGACGGUCCGGCUCUGGCGCACCGAUACGGGCGACUGCGUCCAACAAACUGAGAUUGGAACGGCUCUAUUGCCAUUAGCAAUUCAGCUUUAA